UCACCAGGUCCUGGCCGGAGAUUCCCCACCAGCACCCAGUGAGCGGCGAUGAUAGUAAUAAGGGAGAGCAACAACAUGCUGUUUUGUAUUUCUAUGCAUAGCAGAGCAAUACAAAGCAACACGUUUCCCUAGUAAAACACACACAGCACAGAUAGUAAACCAGCACACAGUUAACCCUUUGAUGGCCCCAGAUGUUAGCCCCUUCGUGCCUUCCAGCUCAGCGCCAUUAGUACAGUGUCAGUGCUUUUUAUUAGCACUGAUCACUGUAUUAGUAUCAUUGGGAUGUCAGUGGCAGUUGGUCAGCUCUCCCCAGUGUCAGAAUGCCCGCCGCAGUGCCUCAAUA